CCCCGCGUAUCCAAACCGAUAAAUGUCUCCCAAGCCGUUUCAUCUUAGACCGUCAAUUUAUUCCACUACCUCAAUAAAUUACGUUUAUCGGGCUUCUCAUUUCCAUGUCGUCAUCUCAACUGUUCAUUUCUGUGGCCAUCUCUGUUUUAUCCAGAUCCUCUUAAUCUCUUCUCUUUUCCGGAUUUCAUAUUCAGAUUUGAGUAGAUCGUUUUCCGAUCUAUCAUUUGAUUAUGGAUUCGAUUUGUUCCUGUGGUAUGCUCGUUCAUCGAGAUCGACCAGGGGAACGAUGUUUCUGUUGUUCGAUCUUCGUCCCCGUUGCCGGUGGCGAAGCAAAGAUUCCAUAUUUAAGUCGGCUGGAUCUCAUGCGCUUGGUAGAGGAUCGAGGAAGAUCUGUUUCUUGAUGAAGAACAAUAUAUGUUUCUUCGGAUUUACGGUGAUUCCGUUGUUUGCGGCGAUGCUAUUUGGAUGGUUGCACGCUUUGACUGUCGAGAAAUGGACAUCAGCGGCGUUGAGAAUGAUUGCCAUAACUUAAUUUAUUGUCUAUAUGAACUAUAAGAUGUGGAUUAUAGGGAUGCAUCUGUACUUGCAGAUCAAAGGUAAAACUGUGAGUAUCAGCGAGGUCUUGUUGUUGUUAAUUCGACCUUUGCCAUGAUGGGUGCGCUCUCAUGGCAGGUCAAGUACCUAAUAAAAAUUCUACUUUUUCGUGUUGGAGAGGAGAUGGUACGGGGAUUUUUACCCGGCUCUCCUCUCUGUUUGUCUUGUUUUCUCCUCCCUCCCUUUCUCUGGAUCCGUCCCAAACUUCAUGACAAACCGGUCAAUUAACUCGUGCAUUCAAUUAACACAACGACGGUCAAGCAAAUGGUUAUUGGUUCAACUGCAGCACUCCCUUAAGAGGUACAAUCCGAAAUUGCCUUUUACAUAGGCGUUAGCAAUUUGUCUCUGACGCAACGCUCUUCUAAAGGUACAAUUCCAACUCUAUUCAUUAAAAUUACAUUUGUGCUUGGCCUAAUAGCAGUCUGUUUUUCAGAUUAAUUAGCUCACGGAAACGUCCCAGUCUUGAUAGAUAAGAUAACAUCUCAAGUUCCUGUUUUCAAAUGUAAUGUGAGAAUUCGAUUCUUAGUUUAACUAAUCUUAUAAAUAUAUUAUCACUUCUGUUAAACCGUCUCAAUCAAACUUUAAAACUUGAUGUUUUAUUAUUCUGGUUAGACAUACCAAUCGGAUCAUUUGCAGUUUUGGCUAGUAUGAAUAUUUCAUUCAUUUAGUUACUCUUGUUCACCCAUUUUAGUCAUGUAUUUGUAGAGUCGCAUGAAUAUCUCAUUCAGGACAUUGUAUAUUGUUUUGGGAGUACUUUGUGAACAUUUUUCCAGGAUUUGAUUUUCAAAAGUUAGAUUUAGCCUGAUUGAUGACUGAUUGGACACAAGGUGUCUGUUACAACAAUGAUGAAGUCUUAUUUCAGUGGUGUGAUGAAUGAUUUGACCCAGUAAUGAAAGCUUUGCUUGCCUUAAAUAUUUC